AAGUGCUUAUAAAAAAGUCCUAAGCACUUAUUAAGAAAGGAAAAUAGUAAACUUGGUGGCAAGUGAAAACCAUAUUUUAAGUCGAGGAAAAACAGAGCUUCUUCACUCACACUAACCACCCAACAAGGUAAAAAACCAGACCCAAAAAUCCGCAACAACAAUCAGCACCAACAGCGUGUGCUCUCCACUCUCUUUAACUCCACAACUUCCAUGGCUACUACCAGCAGCAGCAGCAACACUCCAUAUACAAACGGAUCAUCACCGAUAUCAACAAUAGCACAAGACCAUCUCUUCUCCAUCUUACUCCUCUUACCUCUAGACUCCAUUUUUCACUUCGCUAUGACUUGUAAGAAGUUCAGAAACCUCACUUACUCCGACACUCUAUGGGAAUCACUUUGCGUUAGAGAUUGGGGUAAUUCAGUCAGAUCCUUAGCUGCUGACGCUAAACAGCAACAAUUCCCUUGGAAAAAACUGUACCAGCAAAUUUAUCAAUUGGAUUCUGUUUACUGUAGAAGAUUGUUGUUGACGCAUCCACAAGGAGGAGGAGGAGGAGAGGAGCUGAUGUUUCCUCGACCUAGAGCUUCUCAUUCUCUCAACUUUGUUAAUGGUUGUUUAGUUCUCUUCGGCGGUGGCUGUGAGGGAGGAAGGCAUCUGGACGAUACAUGGGUAGCAUAUGUUGGCAAUGACUUCAAAAGUAUAUUGAAAUGGAAUAAGAUUGUAUCAGGAGUCCCAAGUGGCCGCUUUGGGCAUUCAUGCGUCGUGAUUAGUGAUUGUCUAGUGCUUUUUGGAGGAAUAAAUGAUCAUGGGGCCCGUCAAAAUGAUACAUGGAUCGGCCAAGUAACGGUACAUGAGGCAUUUGGUAUCACAUUAUCCUGGAGACUACUUGAUGUUGGUUCCAUCGUGCCUCCACCAAGAGGGGCUCAUGCAGCAUGUAGCAUUGAUAAAAGGAGGAUGCUGAUUCAUGGAGGGAUUGGUUUGGCUGGCCUGCGAUUGGGAGAUACAUGGGUAUUGGAACUGUCCGAGAAUCUUCAUCUUGGAGUUUGGGAAGAAAUUGUGACUCAUCCGUCUCCUCCAUCUCGCUCUGGACAUACAUUGACCCGUGUUGGAGGAAACCAAACAAUUUUGUUUGGUGGGAGGGGUUUAGGCUAUGAGGUGCUUAAUGAUGUAUGGCUCUUUGAUACAUCUGAAGGUCACUGGAGAUGGCUACAGUUACUAUUUGACUUGCAAAAUAUACCCCAAGGAUUGACCCUGCCAAGAGUUGGUCACUCGGCUAAUCUCAUCAUAGGUGGACGAUUGCUAAUUUAUGGAGGAGAAGAUUCCUACAGACACAGAAAAGAUGACUUUUGGAUGUUGGAUAUCAGCUCAGUGACAUCUCUUAUGCAGUCUGGAACUCCUCCAAACCCGGUGAGAUCAAAGACUAAACUGUGGAGACGGCUCAAGUCCAAAGGUGAUAAUCCUUGUGGCAGAUCAUUUCACCGAGCUUGUGUGGAUCCUUCUGGUUGUAACUUGUAUAUCUUUGGUGGCAUGAUAGAUGGUUUACUUCAUCCUGCUGAAGCCUCUGGGUUGAGGUUUGACGGAGAGUUGUUUCUUGUGGAGCUUUUGCUUCAGUGCUAGGGGAACUGGAAGGAGAUUAUAGGAAAAACAAGUAUGUAGUGACUCCAAAAUGCUGCUGUUUUACAUGACAAUGAAUGUAGUGUAAAUAUCAGUCCCACUUGAGAGAAGCAAGGUAACAGCUAGUGGGGUGCUUUGUACAGUAAAAGACCUAAGGAGGUAUUGUAAUUUGGCCUUGGCAUUCCAUCUGAAAACUUGUUGAGGUAUGUUUCUACUCUUCUAGAGGAAGUUAGAGUCAACCAAGACACCAUGUGAUACGCGAUACCAGCGCUGAGCUUUUCAUGAUCCUUCAAAGCCCUCUGGAAUUAAUAGAAACUUCCUGUAAAUUUCUAGAUCAGGAGUGAAAUUAUGUCCCAUCGACCAGAGUUAGCUUGAUGUGUAUGAUUGGUUCUGAAUUUUGAUGUAAUAUGUACAUUAACUUGCUAAGUACUGCCUUGCUGCUA